UGUAUGCGAUCGUAUCUGUCUCUUUCUUGAUGCCGAACAGCCAUCUGCUAACGGGUGUAUCAAAGCGCGUAUCAUCUUACCAAUUUUAUUAUCUUCAGUCCGUCGCAGCGUACAAUGGGCCGAAGGCAAGUACUGGUAUUUCUAUCCCGAAGUCCUACGACUUGGUGGUACGGCUUCCUUUAUUAGUGACAUAUGUGCCUUCUGCUCUGUCCGAGCCGCGAGAUCGUCAUUUUUGGUGGCGACGGUGGCCUUAUUAUCCGACCUCGCAUUGCCGUUGCCUCGACUCUCCUGUCGGCCACAAGCUCAGGUGCAAGUAUGAGAGAAAAGGACAAAAAACGCAAGCGCGCGCCAGUCGCCCUUUCGCCCCCAGUCGACAUCGGAAUGUCCGAGGGUCGGCGCAUAUCCGCUGGGUCGCCACAUUUAUGGUCCAACGAAGGGCAGCCCGCCGAGAGUGGCGACAAUGCGUUCUUCAUCAGUGGCACGAGGGCCGAUGUACGAACACCACCACCUCCAACAAGAGAAGAAGCAUUUCGACUCGCGAUAUUCCGAUCCAUGGACGUUUGCAGCUUUGUCGACACGAAGUUCCUUCUUUUCACUCGGCGCUUUGAUUCUGAAUCCGAUACAUUUGUACACGAGCUGCGUCCUGUUUUUGCUGCAAGCGCCACGCUUACCAAUGCCUCCCCCGAAUUUGACAAGCGUGCAUGGAUCAUCCUACAUCUCGAGACAGUUACUGUGACGCAGCUCGGGAGGCAUGAUAUUCCGGAAUUUGCGAACAAGCGAUUAUCUGCUGUGGAAUACGGAUACGAGUCAGAUAGCGAUCUCGAGGACGAAGAGCGGGAUUGGGCUAUUUCAGAUAGUGGCGCAGUUGAGGAUCGAGAAGUGAGGAAAGUGCUUGAAGAGAAAGAGCGGCAAGCGACGCCCAGAGCGGAGGUGGCCACGAAGUCAGACAUAGAGGACACAACGAUGGCUGGGACAGGCAGAGAAUCAUCUAUACUGCUCGCCAGCGGGAAUGACACCAUGUCGCCAAGCGUCACGAUGAUAAAGCCAGUAUGCGUUGGCCGGACAAUUUUUGUACAUGAUAUGGCAUACAAGACGUGGAAAGCUCUUAUUGCCUACUUGUAUACAGGGCAUAUAGAGUUUGCUCCUCUUAGGUCAUGCUUGCAGAGUGCGAAGGCCGAGGGAAAGACUGCGGCACCGCCCCUGUACCCCGGGGUCAAGUCUCCGUCAUGUUCACCGAAAUCUAUGUAUAGACUUGCGGACAAGUACGAUCUGCCGGAAUUGAAGAAAUUAGCUUCCGAAAACAUUCGAUCUCAGCUUUCCGCUGAGAAUAUACUCGAUGAAGUGUUCUCCGAGUUCAGUUCCAGGUAUCCCGAAAUCUAUCAACUAGAGGUUGCGUUCUUGGUCGCCAACUGCGGUCAUCAAGGCGUAAAAGAUGCGCUACCUAACUGGAUUGCGGCAAUAACGAAUGGGCAACUUCCUCAUACUAAUGAUGUCUUAUCGACAUUCAUCUCGGAGCUGAUCAGUCGGAGGCGUCAUGACUCAUCUCAUGAAGUGUGUAGUACCAACGGGCUGACCUUUUGGGCAGCAUGAAGAACGUGAUCAUAGGCUAGGCUUAUCGUAGCUGCACAUACGGACAGGUUUAUACAGUGAUGACCACGUCCAUGUUUUUCUCGGGUUCCGUUACUAGCAGGGUGUAUGCGUGCCAGUGUGUCAGUGAAAUUGUGCGACUGCACGCCGAUGAUGGUGGCCAUCAACAAUAUGUGUAUGCAGAGAUACCUCCGGCCCUACCAGCAGCGCCAGAGUUAUUUCGCCUGUCGUCGCUUCCUCAGAAA